AAAGGUGGUAUGCUGUUUUCACUGCCUGGCCGCAGUAACCAAGCUGUUUUCACCGCCAGGCCGCAGCGACCAAGCUGAGGAGCACUGACGUGGACUCGACCUCCAUGCAGACAAGUCUCGUGAUCAGCACCAAACACGCUGCAGAGGAGUUUGGCGAGCCGUCGCCCCAGCACGCUCGCAUCGCCAGCAGCUCUGAGUCGGAGGACGACUCGGAGAUCGCGGUUGUCGGACACGCCCGCCUCGAGGACGAUGACGAUGACGCCUACCUCCCGUCCGUGCAAACGGCAGCCCGAGUGGCCCGAGCGCGCUCCGCCUCGUCGAGCCUCAAAGCGUUUGCCGUCAAGCAAAGGAUGGCGCGAGUUAGGGCCGACCGCGCUCGCCUCGUGCUGCCGCCCGCUGCCGCAGCCGAUCCCAAGCUGCCCCUCCGGCUCCGCGUGUGGGCGAAGCGCUGGUGCGGCCUCGCGCGGCCAGGCGAGUCCGUGGUGGUGCAGCAGCACUGGCUCAACUCUGCCGUCGCUCAGAUUGAGGCGGAGAGCCCGCCUCGGUCGAGAGCGAUGACGCCUCGCGCCGAGGCGCCGAGGACGGGCGCCGUAGACCGGCUCCGGCGCCUCCUCCCUCUGCUGUUCGCGGCGCUCGCGGGCUGUAUGGCCCUCGCGGGCGUCUACCAGGCCGUCAGGCGGACGCGCCGCGACGGCGGCGUCGGCGCCGCUGAGGCGAGGCGAUUCGCAGCGCUCGCCGCCGCCGCUUCCGGCGCGCCGCCGUCGCUGCCAGCCCCACCGCUCUCGCCGCCGCUCUCGCCGCCGCAGCCGCCCAGGCCACCGCUGCCGCCGACGCCACCUCUGCCUCCGGCCCCUCCGCGCCCGCCGACGCAGCCACCGCCGCCGCCUCGGCCGCCUCCGCCCCGCCCGCCGCAACCGCCGCCGCGACCGCCGCCGCCGCCGCCGCCGCCGCCGCCGCCGCCGCCGCUGCUGCCACCGCCUAGACUGCCACCGCCGCUCCCGCCGCCGCCGCCGCCAGAGCCACCACCCCCGCAGCCUCCGCCGCCGCCCUCGCCGCCUCCGCCCUCUCCCUCUCCCUCCCCGCCGCCGCGGCCACACCCGCCACCGCCGCCGCCUCGCCCCCCGCCUUCACCGCUGCCACCGCCGCCGCCACCGCGCCCGCCGCCUCGCCCCCCGCCUUCGCCUUCGCCGCCGCCGCCGCCACGGCCGCCCCAGCCGCCCUUGCCGCCGCCGCCGCCGCCAGCUCCUCCGCCGCCUCCCGCGCCGCGCAUCGCCCGCGCGAUCGGGACGGGCUACUGCCGAGAGGCGGGCGACGUCCCUAACUCGUUCGACACGGCGCAAUCCUGCGAGGCCCAGGCCGCUUGCUUUGCGCGCUGCCGCGCCGCCGACGUCUGCGUCGCCUUCGCCUGGGCUGCGGACCCGCUCAGCCCGCACGGAGGCUGUCGCGACGCGGGCCUGCCGCGCUGCGUCCUCUACAGAACGACGGCGCUCCAGCGCGCCGGGGCGACGGACGCCGCGGCGAGAGCCUACACGUGCUUCGCCAUGCAGCAGCCAAAGCCCACGCCGCGCUCCCAGCCGCCCGUGCUGCGGCCGCCGCCGCCGCCGCCGCCCCCGCCCCCGUUCGGGCUGAUCGCCCUGGGGCUGCUACUGUGGACAGACGCCACCUUCAAGCUGCGCAAGGGCGCGCUGACGGUGGACGGCUCCUUCAUCACCGAGGUGCACGUUGUGGCCGAGACGGGGCGGAAAGGCAAGGAGGGAGAGCUCGUGCACGCUACAUUCUGGGCGAACGAGCUCAACGACUUCAACACCGGCUUCAACAUGCUCACCGGCUUCUGUGGCAAGCUGGCCUUCUUCCUCGGCCCAAUGAGGUCCUUCUCGUGCGGCAACAUGAUCAUCCAGACGCCGGAGUGGCAGUCGACGGUGCGCGGUAACUACGUGUACGACCACCUGGCCGGCCCGACGCACCGCCUCGACGUCUCGUUGCGCACGGUCGGCAGCAUGAUGCUUGCGCCCGGGCAGACUCAUGGCUCCCGAUGUGGCAUCGCGUACGGGGCCACUUGGUGCGACCCAAAUUCGGCCUGGGGAUAG